UUAUUUUGAAAAGCCAACCCUUAUUCUAAAAAAAGAUCCAGGAAGUAGCGUAACAAACGAGAUGUGUGUGAAGUAUACGCUAUAUGGUGUGAGCUGUGUCGUCUCAUGACGUUGACUGAAUACCCAAAUGUAAAUUACUUUAACAUAAGUGUUUAACAUAAAGGACAUGUACGAUACCGUCGCCUUUCAUGCUCAGUUAGCCUCCAUCAUUGAGGUUUUGGCAAAUGCAGCCGUUGCCGAAAUCUGCAAACUUGUAGAUGACGGCCAUGCUGCCUUACGUUUGGAAAUUUCCCAUAGCCAGAAAGAAAUCGAUAACCUGCGGAGGAAGCUGCUUUUGACAAAAUUCCAGAAUUCUCGACGAAGCGCAGAAAGAUUUGGACCCCUGCGACGCACAGUUUACAGGCGCGUUGACAGCGGUCAUAUUGUUCGGGAAAGAGGGAGCUUCGUAGGAAAGUCAACAGGGUUCUCUUUUCUGGUGCAGUGGAAAAUCGUCUUGACGACAGCGAUGGAGGCAACUUUAUGCAGGAUGUCACCAACUGGAGAGACGCAGGACUCACAGGGAUAGACCAUGAUGGGGGCAUGCAGACGGCAGAAAUGCAAGAGGCACCUCUUAUCAAAAUGGAGAACCAUGGCACCAGCAGAACAGAAGAGAUUGUCCAACCAGUCAGUGAGAGCAGUGAGAAGAUUGUGCCAGAACCAGGUUCUUCAUCAUCUACUGAACCCAUAGACCUUCUGGACCAGCAGGGCAACAGACACAGAGCUCCAGACACCUCACUCAAUAUAGAACCUGAAAACCAGACGUUCCAGCAUCCAGCGUCACAAUACAACAGAGCAAGACAGGACCAUCAGGUUGCUGAGAGUGUGACCUGGGAAACUGACCAUCAACCCAUAGAAUACAGCCUGUCCCAAUGGACAGAGAACCAAGAGACUGACAACCCAACUGUGAAUGCUCCUCACAAUUUAGGGCCAGACUCCAAAAGGCUGUCUGAACAUCCAGAGAGGAGAGGGGUGCCUGGUAACUCUGGGGUCUACAUGUCUUCUUUGGGCUCUCUGGACUGGCUGCCUGAUGUGGUGCUGGUGGACUCAGUUCCCAUUAAAGUGGAGGCAGAUAUGAGUUCAGAAUGGAGCAUAACUGGCCAAGAGGUGACAUCUGGAGACAUCUGUUCAGAAAGCAGGCAGCUUGUGGACAACAGAGGAAGAGGGGGAAUGGAGUCUGGACAGACAAAGUGUCCCCAUGACACUCAAAACACAGAGCAAGGGACAACUGUAGGAUCAAGGUCCAAGAUGCCGGAUUUCAAUGGACUGUCCACCAAAAACAGCUUUUCAUCCCCAACGGUUACUCUCCACCAGGUUCCCCAAAGAAGGAAGCCAGCCCACUUCCUGAAUUUCAGAGGCUCCACUUCUUCAUUGAAAGUCGUAGAAAAGCAGCCACAACAGCUGACGUCUCACUCCACCCAGAGGCAACUCCGGUGCAGCCUCUGCGGAAAGCUCUUCCACCAACCGGCGAACCUGCGGAGUCACAUGCGGGUCCAUACGGGUGAGAAACCGUACGGCUGCAGCCACUGCACCAAGCGCUUCUCCCACAGCCACCAGCUGAAGAUGCAUGAGAGGGUGCACACCGGAGAGAAACCGUUUCAAUGUGUCUACUGUGGGAAGUCCUUCACCCAGUCUGGCCACAUGAAGAAGCACCUCCUCGUCCACACUGGUGGCAGGCCACAGGACAUUGGGCUGCCCUGAGGGGAGUUUUUCUACACCACGUGACCAGACCAGGGAAAAACUGGUCUUCCCCCAUAGUUCCUCUUCCACCCUAGUUGUCAGGGGAAUGGUGCUACUCUACUGGGGUUUUCAUAUGAACACUGGGUCCAUGUGUUUUUAACAGUUUGCAUAGAUACCACAUUGAACGCUUCCCUCUGUGUGUAGUGGUUGUGUUUUCAGUUCAUGUGGCUUGAUACUUGGUCCAGAGUGAACUGAUAAUGUAUAUUAUUAAAGGUGAAGAUUUUAAACAUCACAUUUUAGUCAGUUAGCAGACACUCUUAUCCAUAGCAACUUACAAGUGCAAUAAGAGUUAAGUACAUUGCUCAAGGCACAUCAACAGAUUUUUCAGCUUGGUUGGCUUCGCAAUUCCAACCUGUGACUUUUCGGUUACUGACUCAAAGCUCUUAACUGCUAGGCUACCUACUGCUAGGCUAUAUCCUUACGAAUUUGUUACCAAUAGUAUUCAUAUCAAACAGCAGUUACGAGUUCAGGAAGCACUGGACAGGUGCCUAGGCGAGCGAGGUCUGUUGGUGGUCGAGAGCACGUUUUUGUUUUUACUUGGAAGAACAGAGCCAGGGAGGAGGAGGGAGGCGCAGGGUUCCCAGAUGCCAGAACACUCCUGGGUCUGGAAAAGGACCUGGCGACCCAGCAGUUGCAAGGAGAGAGAGUGCUGACUGGAAUGAAUCCCCACCGUUAUCAUGGUCUGGGGAAACUUCAUCUCCUGGAGCUUCUGGAGUCACUGGUGUGGAUCCUCCUGAAUGUGUUGCGUGUGGAUGGGAAGACAGGCUCCUGGAACCUGUCUCUGGACUGCAGAACCUUACUACACACCAUCUUGACAAAUAAAACAAAUCAGGACAUUCUCCACAGGGAAGUCGUUACUGAAAGGAGGAGAAGCCAGUACAUUGUGGUUACAGGUUACUGUGAAGGACAACAUGAACCAUUAUAUGCUCACCACAUGCUUGCUGCGCUACCUACACCCAUAUUACCAAUGUUGUUAUUAUAAAUGUUUAUUUUUAUUUACAAUUGUCAUUUAUUGUAAAAACAAAAGGCAAUGUUUAGCUAUUACCCAGGACAAUAAGAAAUCCCAUUGGCUAUUUAGCCAUUCUAUAGCCAGAUAUUUAAAUAUUUCUACUGUUACAUUGGUCAGCUUUAGAGUGCAUUCUCAGUGUGGUGCUUCAGUUAGUUUUCAGACUACUAACCCUUAGCCUACUAUUCAAUUGAUUUACUUUAAAUUGAAGGAAUGUAUUUAUUCCCUUUAAAUUCAGGUUGUAUGCUGAUUCUGUAUUUUUCUACGUGAACCAAAUGGUAAAAUAAUCAUAUUUGGAGGACAAAGUGUUUGUUUUUAUUAACUUCAUUGAAAGUCAAAAGGCUGAUUUUUGUAACAUUUGAUUCCUUUCAGUCGCUACAAUAUGAUACAGCAGCAGGUAGCAAUGUUGGAACUAACAUAAGUUGCGUGUAACCAAUCUUUAUUUU